GCUUCCUCAAUCCCUUCGUCCCUCACCACUCUCCAUUUCUCCAUCUCCUCUACCGCUCCCGGUGGGUCCCACCCACCACGCCCCACAAACUCUCAACCAUGCUUGACAACAUGUCCAGACGCAACCGCACCCUGCUUUCGCUGUCUCUCACCUCAUUGGCUCUGGCCUUGUCUGUUUUGGCCUUCUGCACCUCCUAUUGGUGCGAGGGCACCCACAAGGUGGUCAAGCCCCUCUGCCUUUCCCCAGUCAAGAUGAAGAACUGCGGACAGAACAACAGCCAACCAUACACUACAGAGAGCCCGACCGCGGACCCCACGAAGCCCAUGUCCAACGUGACUCUGUCGCCGCUGCAGAAGGAGGAGCAAGCACGCCUGAGGAAGAAGCAGAUGGCCAACGCCGUCCACUACAUCUGGGAGACUGGCGAGGACAAGUACAUGCUGCGAUACUUCCACACGGGCUUCUGGCACUCCUGCGAAAAGCACAAUGAAGAGGAGAAGUGCCGUAGCUUCAUAGAGCUGACUCCAGGAGAAACACAAGGCGUGCUGUGGCUCUCAGUGAUAUCAGAGUUCACGUACAUUGGCCUGCUGGCAAUGGGCUUCUUGCUCAUGUGGAUGGAGGUCCUGUGUCUCUGCGCCCGCAAGGAGAUGCACGCCCUCAAGAUCAACGCCUACGCCGCCAUGUGCACCGUCCUCUCAGGACUCAUGGGGAUGGUGGCCCAUAUGAUGUACACCACUGUGUUUCAGAUGACGGUCAGCAUCGGCCCUAAAGACUGGCGGCCACAGACUUGGGACUACGGCUGGUCCUUCGCCAUGGCGUGGCUCUCCUUCAGCUGCUGCAUGGCUGCUGCCGUGGCAACCCUCAACUCCUACACCAAGACAUUGAUCGAGAUGAAGCACCGGGCUCGCGUGCGAUUGGAGGAGGCCCGCGCCGCCAGCCACGCGCCCUCGUAUGACGAGGUGAUCCAGGCCGGUGGUGUGUACUCAGUCAGCCGCCUCCUCCAGCACUGCCACCAGGGGGCGCUCAUGGACCCCCUGUGGCCCCGGAGGGAGGGCCCAGCGGUGGGGCCAGCAGCAGGGGGGGUGGACUCCCACGACAUGGUGCUGGUGGGGGGCUGCGGGACGGAGGGUUGUGAAGACUGUGAGAGAGAGAUGGACGAGAUGGAGGAUGCCCUGGAGAGGGAGGACUCACUGUGCUGAUGGGAGAUUAGGGGAAGGGCCUGCAAGAGGGAGAAGGUAUGAGAGGUGAAAAUAAGUUUAUCUAUCUCCCAAGACUUUGAAAAUACUAAUCAAGAAAUUGUAUUUGUCCUCCACUUGCAGUUUUCUUUAGAAAUGUAUAUCUUUUAAGAGUCUAAGACCAUUUUUUACACAUUGGAAGGAACUUUAGACGGCUCUUGAUUUAUUAUUUGAUGAAAACCCUUAGAAAUUCUACAUGUUUGAUGUUCAGGUGGCGUUGGCCUGGAAUGCAUGUGAAAGUCCUUUAUGUAAGUUUAUUGUGUUGAUAGUGAUCCUGUCUAACUUCUAUAUUGAUGGUAACUGUGUUUCCUCAUAUAGAGAUGAAUAAAGGUAGUGAAAUGGACUGACUUCUGAAACAACGCACAGGCAGAUGUGUUGCUAUUUCUGUUCUUAUACUCAAAAGAACGAGACAAAUCCUCUCUUAAAGCAUUGUCUGCAGUCCUGCAUAAACAGAUGUUUUGGACGUGGGAGCCUGUCUGGUGGAUUGUCCUGAGACAGCGUAGAUGAAUCUGUACUGUGGAUGAGCCAAAGGAAAGAUACACGACCCUGCCUCCAUCUGGAGCACGUAGCUUUGCAGGUCAAGACAGACAGAUGCUUUCAAAUUCUGGACUCGAGAUUAUAUCAAUAAUCUCCCCAG